GGAGGCGGGGCGAGGCGGUGGGGAGGGGCCAGCCGCGCGGAAGUGACGCGAGGUCCCGCCAUGUCUUUUGCGGGCGGCGACGGCGCCGGGCCGGCCAUGCUGGCUCCGGGCACGGCGCGGAUGGCAUCGGGGCGCCCCGAGGAGCUGUGGGAGGCCGUGGUGGGGGCUGCCGAGCGCUUCCGGGCCCGGACGGGCACGGAGCUGGUGCUGCUUACGGCUGCGCCGCCCCCGCCACCCCGGCCGGGCCCCUGCGCCUAUGCAGCCCACGGCCGUGGGGCCCUCGCCGAGGCUGCCCGCCGCUGCCUCCACGACAUCGCCCUGGCCCACAGGGCUGCCACCGCCGCCCGGCCCCCGGUGCCCCCACCAGCGCCACAGCCGCCCAGCCCCACCCGGAGCCCACCCCGGCCUGCCCUGGCCAGGGAGGAGGACGAGGAGGACGAGGACGAGCCCACGGAGACCGAGACCUCUGGGGAGCGGCUGGGCGUCAGUGAUAAUGGAGGGCUCUUUGUGAUGGACGAGGAUGCCACGCUCCAGGACCUGCCCCCCUUCUGCGAGUCGGACCCCGAGAGCACAGAUGACGGCAGCCUGAGCGAGGAGACCCCCGCCGGACCCCCCGCCUACUCAGUGCCCCCGGCCUCAGCCCUGCCCACCCAGCAGUAUGCCAAGUCCCUGCCCGUGUCCGUGCCCGUCUGGGCCUUCAAGGAGAAGAGGACGGAAGCGCGAUCGUCAGACGAGGAGAACGGGCAGCCCUCCUCGCCCGACCUGGACCGCAUCGCGGCGAGCAUGCGCGCGCUGGUGCUGCGAGAGGCCGAGGACACCCAGGUUUUCGGGGACCUGCCGCGGCCGCGGCUCAACACCAGCGACUUCCAGAAGCUCAAGCGGAAAUACUAAGGCCCCGGGAGCGCGCCGCCCGGCCGGCGUCGCCCCGCCCACACUACACCCCCGCCCCGCCCCCGGGGCCCGCCAAUCCGAGCCCGAGCCGGGACCGGCCCCCGGCGGCCCCACCGCCCUCCGGCCCCGCCCUCCUGCGCCGAGUCGGCUCCCUGAUUGGGUGUGAUCGCCGCUCGCCCCGCCCGGCGACAGGCUUUCUCCUAAGGGGUUGGCUCGCUCCCCGGUCGGGGCGGGGCUAGUUCUAAGCCCUGAGCGGGUCUCCGUCGUUUUCUGCCUAGCAACAAGGGCUUUGCUCCCCCGGCAUUGGCUCCUUCCCUGGAAGAGCACAGCCAGGCCCCAGGAUUGGCUGGUGGCCCUCCACUUCAGCCUAGGGAAUAGGCAGUUCUUUCAUUUGAUUGGCCCGAGCCCAGAGGGUUUGGCCAAUCGCCAGAGAGUCACCGUCCGCGCUUCCCUAGUCCCACUGGCUGAUUGGCUCCAGCCUCUUGGGGGCGUGGCCGACCCUCCCCCUGCGCCCAGGAUUAACCUGUGGCCUUAAAUUUACGUUCUUUACACUACUGGGGCUAGGGCCGUUUUGGCCCAAGUCCUGACAACUUGUCCCUGAGGGGGCCACCUCAGGGAUGGCCCAGCCCUGUCCCUGCGUCUGACACCGUCUCAUUGGUCCCAUCCCACAACAGCCUGCCAAUCGAAGCCCGUCCUUGCGUCCAGGACGGUACCAGCUCCCGCCCCUCUCCCCCCACCCCCACAGGUGCCUUAAAGGGCCCUCGUCCACCCAAGGUGGGGGGCAGGGGGCCUCACUCUCCGGCCCUGGUGUGGGGGAGAGAGUGGGGGGUGGGCAUCGGAAGUUGGGAGGGGCGCUCUGAGAUUAAAGAGUUUUACCUCUGGCAAAUGAG